AUGUCAGGGCUCGGGAGGAGUCAGGGUAAUGACCAUCCUCCGCGUCACACGGAAAACUCAGGACCCUCCCCUGUGGUCAGCACUUCCUCCCAGCCAAACACGGGGAUGGGUGCGUCGGUCUGUCAGGGGAGGUUGGAGCUUGCUUGUGAAGGGUCAGCCUCGAGACAGCAGAAGGGCGGGUGCCCUCCUUGCCUGCCACCCUGCCUGCACGUGACUGUGAUCCAUCAUGCCUCGGAGGCACAAGAACAAGUACCAUGCCCGUGUGAAAUGGCACAGGGUUUUUCCUCCAGCUCCCCUGCUACUGGAGAUCACCAGGAGCUUCAGGGAGCCGUGGCCCCUAGCUCUCCUGAUGCAGGGCCUUUCUGCACAGGAUCUGAUGAAGGUGCCCAGGGCCCAGAGGAGGAAAGUGUAGGUGCCUCCCAGGCAGCCCCGGCCACUCAGAGCACUCGCAGAGAUCCUGUGACUACGAAGGCCAGCAUGCUGGUGGGGUUCCUGCUGGACAAGUACCCCAAGCAGCAGCCCAUCACGCAGAACGCCCUGCUGAAGGUCGUCAGCAGGAAGUACAGGCAGCACUUACCCGAGAUCCUCAGGAGAGCCUCUGAGUGCGUAGAGCUGGUAUUUGGCCUGGAGCUGAUGGAUGUCGACCGUAGCAGGAAGAUCUACGCCCUCAUCAGCAAGCUCAACCUCAGGGGCGAUGAAGGUCCGAGUGAUGAAGGAGGGCUGCCCAAGUCCGGUCUCCUCAUGGUGCUCCUGGGCAUUAUCUUUGUGAAGGGUAACCGUGCAACUGAGGAGGAGAUCUGGGAAUUACUCAGUGUGCUGGAGGCCUAUGCUGGGUGCAGGCACUGGAUCUUUGGGGAGACCAGAAGGCCCAUCACCAAAGAUCUGGUGCAGAAGAAGCACCUGAUGUGCCGACAGGUGCCCAAUAGUGAUUCUCCGAGCUACGAGUUCCUGUGGGGCCCGAGAGCUUGUGCUGGGACCAAUAAGAUGAAGGUGUUGGAGGUGCUGACCAAGAUCCUCCAUACAGUCCCUAGUUCCUUCCCAGACUUCUAUGACGAGGCUUUGAGAGAUCAGGCGGAGAGAGCAGGGCUGAGAGGCGUGGCCAGGGAUCCAACGAUGGCUGAAGCCAGUUGCCCCUUCCAGGGCCAAGUCCUACAGCUCCUCCCACGUCUAGGGAGGGGGACCCAGCCAUUUUCUUCCCUUUUGUGUUGGAACAGAGCUGUCAGGCUCCUGACUAGUAAAGAGUAG